AUGAGUCCUAUCGGCCAGAUUCGUACUCGUUUGAGAAGACUCGAUAUUACGAACAACCGCAUAUUGGAUAUACACUAUUCAGGCCGCAAUGUUGUUGCGUUACUUGUGCAUAAUGAUUAUGUGAAUGAGCUUCGUAAACAAUUAGGACGCUUUAAAGUUACCUUUAAGGAUGAUUUUGAUCCUUGUGAUCCCAAGGUCUUGCGAGAUCCUAAACACGCCGAUCUUUCACCUGAAGAAAGAACCAUUUUAGCCCUCAUGCACCACAGUGACCGUAUGGCAUGCGCCCUGAGCUACACUCACGCCCCCAUUAAAUAG